GCCGCGGUCAUGUGACUCUCUGGUUAAAGAUGUGAGUCGUGUGUUGUUGCCAUGUAGAUCCUUCAGGAUUCACGAGUCUUAUUAAAGGAAAUACCAUAAUCAAGACAUUCUUCAUAUCUGCACUGUCGUCGCUGUCUUUAUUGUUUCGAUGGAUUUUGUUCAACAGUUCGGAAUUGUGCUUAUAAUCGCGGUAUUUUCGCGUGGAAACGAGCUUCAGAUCGAACCGCUGAUAUACGAGGAGCAGCUGCUGUGGGUCGGCGGUGGAGCCGGUCAGGUCAACACUUACAGGAUCCCUCUGCUGACCUUCACGACGCGUGGAAGUCUGCUGGCCUUCUCUGAGGCCAGGAAAUUCUCCUACAAUGACAUCGGUGCCAAGUUCAUUGCACUGAGACGCUCCACAGACAAAGGAGUCACCUGGUCUCCCACCUCCUUCAUAGUGGAUGAUGGAUCUCUAGCAGAUGGGUUGACUCUAGGUUCGGUGGUUGUGGAUGAAGAGACUGGUGCUGUGAUACUCAUCUAUUCUCUGUGUUUCCACCGUUAUCACUGCGACCCCUCCAGCACAAUGAUGGUGCAGAGUCUGGAUGAUGGGUUCACCUGGAGCGCCCCACGAAACCUCUCCGUUGAGCUGGGGGUGAAGAGCUUUGCUCCAGGGCCUGGCUUCGGCAUACAGAAACGGUAUGCUCCCAAUGUGGGUCGUCUGGUGGUGUGUGGUCACGGAUCCAUUGCUGGCGAUGGGGUCUUCUGCAUACUCAGUGAUGAUCAUGGUGCAUCCUGGAGAUAUGGAGCUGCUCUGAAGAGCAUCCCUUACAACCAGCCUAAACAAGACCUGGACUUCAACCCAGAUGAGUGUCAGCCAGUGGAACUGGAGGACGGAAGUAUAGUCAUCCAUGUGCGCAACCAGAACAAGUACCACUGCCGCUGUCGAAUAAUAGUGCGGAGUCUUGACGGAGGCGAGACUCUUCCUGUGGAGGAGCUGGUGUUUGACAAAACCCUGAUCGACCCGGCCGUCGCAGCCGGAGCCCUGCAGAAACAAGGAGUGAUGUACUUCACCAACCCCUCCAGCACUCAGCACAGGGUCAAUCUAACUCUUCGCUGGUCCUUCUCUGAUGGGAAGUCAUGGGAAAAGGAGGCCAUCCAGAUCUGGGCGGGGCCAAGCGGUUAUUCAUGUAUAACAUCACUCAAGGGAGAUUCUCCUGAGGACAGCAAAUUCAUAUUCGUCAUUUACGAGAAGGGCCAUAAAGAUUACUGUGAGACCAUCUCUUUUGCCAAAAUCCAUUUAUAUGGAGGGAAAUAACCUACAGGUGGAGGAGCCAAGAAAAGGGAUUUUUAGGACUUUUAAAUUAAAUGUUUUUUUUUUUUUUUUUGAGAAAUCCAAGGUAGCAGCCUGAUGAAAAAUAAUUUUUAUCAUUUUUCUUUACAUUAUAUCUGGUCUAUACUAUGAACUGCUUUUAUAUGAAUUUCACUCCGGAAAAAUAUUGAGGCUUCAGUGUGAGAUUGAUUUAUACAGCAAUAUAAUAUAAAACAGCUAUGAUUUUACCCGCAGUUUUUUUUACCUGUCAGUGCACAAAACAUUCUAUAAUAUGUGUCUUGAAGUUCUCAUAACUUCUUUGUGCAGAUGGUGAGCUGCACAUGGGUUCCACAUGUGUUUUUUUGGGACCAUUUGAUGGUUUUUAAACUGCUCUGGCACCUUUUGUCUUGUUUUUUUUUAUCUGUUUAUUUCUUCUUACACAUUUUUGGUUUUUGUUUACAAUAAUGUAAUUGAGGUGAAUAUUUAUGAAUCUACAAGAUUAUUAAGAUGGUUGUUUUCUACUGUAUAACAGUUGAUUGAAAUGAGUUUUGAAUUAAUGUUUUGAAUACAGAAAUGUCAUUUCAUUUUAAUGACCUUGAGGUGUUUCUCCCAUCCCCGGUGUUGCUUAAAGGGGCUGUAUGUAAAAUGUAAAAUAUAGGUGGAUGCUGCACACUGGUGGUGGAUGAGGAGAUACCCCCUGUCUAUGUAAAGCGCUUUGAGUGUCUAGAAAAGCGCUAUAUAAAUGUAAAGAAUUAUUAUUAUUAUUAUUAUUAUUUGACUCUACCAAAGCGUUACAAUACAAUAUUUAAGAAACAUGCUAAGUUAACAUUAUUAGUUUAUCUGAACAGCAAUGCUACAGUCAUUCUCCUUUGAAAAUGUGCGUUCAGGGCCGGAAUGUCUGUCUCUGUUUUGGAUUGUGAACCCUCUCCAAUAUUUUGAAUUUGGCCUGUAAUACCUAGUUCAACCACUCAGUGUCAAUCCUACAUGCAGCACCUUUAAAUUAAGGAAGGCGUUUAAAAUGACUUACAUGAACUGGAAGACGCAAGGGUUUGAGACACUCUAAGCAAGCAGUGUUCAUGUUCUCCAUAUUAUACUACUUGGAUAUCAGAAAACCACAUUUUAUAUUCUAAGUCAUUCAUGUGCUUCAAGUUAUAUGGGUUUGUUUACUCAGUCUUGUAAACAAAGUAAACAAGUAAACAAAUUUGGCUGUUGUAAAUUUAGAUACCAGAUAAAAAUUUUGUUGUUCAAUAAAUUUUUAUAUUUUGAUACAGCAA